CACAAACGUAUUAUCUUUUAGCCUUAACUCGUUAACUAGUUACAUUGUAAAGAAACUGAUUCGAUCUCUUCUAACAAAACACGAUCAUAAUAUAUAGAGGCAAUAUGUACAGAUCCGCGAGCUGGAACCGUGUGACCGAGGAUUACUCUGUGCCUUGGUCCGCACCAAAGGGAUUAUGGAAGGGCCUAGACGAAGACGACUCGGCUCCAUCCAAUCCCAUCGGGCAAGAGGUGACCAAGAAAGAGAAGUCACGUACCAAGUUUGCUGAAAACGCUGUUCACAUAAUCCCUUUUGUCCUUCUUGCUUGUGCUCUCGUCCUUUGGUUCUUCUCUAAUACAGAUGUGGAUGUUGGGAUGAAAGGAGAAUCGAUUGCGGCUAAGAUCGAAGGGUUAACGAUCGAAGGAGACAUUGAUAAUGACAGCGACGGAAAUCAGACCGGGUUCUUAGGCGGCGCCACAGAGGUUGGUGGUUCUUACAAAACUAGACUAAAACGCGACGUCGAUAAGCGUCAUCAAAGGAUACAAGCUUCAAGGAAAGUGGUGAAAGAUUUUUAUUAGCUUUUUUUUUUUGAUAAAGAAACUAUUAGUAAUUAACGUUUAAAAUGAUUUCAUAUUAUUUAUAUCUAUUUUAAUUAUGCAUUUUAUGCUCGAAACAUAAUUGCAUAUAAAAAAAAAAUUGACGUCUAUAGUUUUCACGAAUUAGAAAAUAAAAUUAUAGAAU